CAGAUUUAAGAGAAAAAUAAUGCCAGGAGAAAAGGGGAAAAGAAAACGAUCUCGAUCAAAGUCGAAAUCAAAGGAAAGAAAGAAGCAAAGGACCGAAGAUAGACUCCAAAACAUCGAAAAACAGCUGUAUAACCUCACUAAGUCGCUCUCGCAGAUAAUACAAGAGACUCCAGUCAAAUUAGGGAACAAUAAAGAGAACGUUGAUACUCCGAAUACCUCUCAGGCAAAUAUAGAUCAGAUUGAAACAACAUCAGCUGAGAUUCCUGAAACGGAAGAAAUUACACAGAUUACGGAUGAUAUCCCACCUAUGAAUGAGGGUUUUCUUGAGAUGCUAGGGGAACAUCCUAAUACAAAAAAGGAAAUUUCCAUAAAAAUUAAUGAAGAACUUAAAAUCCGCUGGCAGAAGUGGAUGCGAGAAGGGUAUCCAGAAGAAAACAAGAAGAAUAUUCUGGAAAUUUAUCCCCGAAAGGACGAUUUAUAUACAGAAGCACCAAAAAUUAACAUAGAAAUCAGUCCAGUCAUGACUGAAAUUGCAACUAAAAGAGAUGAGCAUUUUGCUGAAACACAAAAUUGCAUCGGCUCAGCAAUCUCAGCGCUAGGUGCAGCAGUUUCAAUGAUCCUAGAGAAUCCAGAAGAUGGCAUAGAUCAAGAAGCGUUAAUGAAAUACUUAUGUGAUGCAGGGAAGUUAUUAACGGACACAUUUUAUCAACAUUUAGUUGCUCGUAGAGCUUACAUAACCCCGUUAAUGAGUAAAUCAAUUAGACCAACUAUUGAUGCUACCAAAGCUGACGAGUAGCCGUACAGAAAAAAAUUUGCGGAAAAUGUCAAAGAAGCCAAAGAUGUUGAAAAAGCGUGUUCCAACAUUAAACCUACAGCCAAGGCAACAAGUUCAAAACCAAGGGAUCAGGGAAACUCGAAAUACCCACCUGCAAAAUACAGGCAGGUGGGGAAUCAGAGCAAAAGGCCCAUGAUAAAGUUCAAACCCAGAACCCAGCGAGUCAGCUUAAAUCAAACGAAGUCCUCAAGCAGGCCAUCGAAUCGGUACUUCCACAUAAGGAAGUAAAUGAGGUAAGCGCACCAGCUAGUCGGUUAAAAUUGUUUACCAAGGAAUGGAAACAAAUAACCUCUGACAAAUUUAUUUUGCAAUGUAUAAAAGGGUAUAAAAUACCGUUUAGAGAGACUCCAGUCCAAUAUAGACCACCCUUAGAUCAACA